ACGACCACCACCACCACCACCAGCCCUGAAAUAGCCCAACGCCAAUGAGGCCAACGCUCGUCUCCAGCAUGCGGCCCUCGCUCGUCAACCAGCUCCGCGUCCUCGUGCCUGUCAAGCGCACGAUCGACUACGCUGUCAAGAUCCGCGUAAACUCGGACGGCAAGGGCGUCGACACCAAUGUCAAGCACGCCAUGAACCCGUUUGACGAGAUUGCCGUCGAGGAGGCGGUGCGUCUCCGCGAGAAGCACAAGGACGCCAUCACCAAGAUCACGGCCGUCUCUGCGGGCCCGGCCAAGACGGCCGACGUGCUCCGCACCGCGCUGGCCAUGGGCGCCGACGAUGCCAUCCACGUCGAGAUCGCUGACAACAGCCUGGGCGGGCCGCUGGAGCCGCUGGGUGUGUCCAAGAUCCUCCAGGCCGUCAUUGCAAAGGCCAACGAGGAGGAGGAGGUCGGCCUCGUCAUCAUGGGCAAGCAGGCCAUCGAUGACGAUGCCUCUCAGACGGGCCAGAUGCUCGCAGCCAUGCUUGGAUGGCCCCAGGCCACCUUUGCCUCCAAGCUCGAGUUCCUCGGCAAGCUCGAAAAGGGCCAGGAAGUCAAGGUCACCCGUGAGGUCGACGGCGGCCUCGGCGUCGUCAAGACGAAGCUGCCAUUUGUCAUGACAACCGAUCUCCGUCUCAAUGAGCCGAGAUAUGCCUCGCUGCCAAACAUCAUGAAGGCAAAGAAGAAGCCAUUCAAAAAGUACACGCUCGGCGACCUCGGCCUCGAAGACGCUGCCAAGCCCCGACUGGAAACUGUCAAUGUCAAGGAGCCGCCAAAGAGGCAGGGCGGUGCCAAGGUCGAGUCCGUCGACGAGCUCAUCAGCAAGCUCAAGGAGGCUGGCAGGAUCUAAGCUUCUUUCCUGCCCGCAGGGAGCAUACACACAUACAAAUACACAAUCUGGCCAGUGCCGGGAAUGGAU